ACUGAACAGAAAAACACAACUUCCCAGCAGGCUUUGCGAUAGAACAACAAAUAUGGCGUCCUAGGGUUUCACUACGUGAUAUGAAUACCGAACCUUUGCGGGCGACGAAAUAAACCGGAGACAACCUCCACGACACUGCGGAAACGUUUUUACUGCGGUGCCAGGUCGCCGCAACGACACUAGCCGACACAAUGUCUUCACCUAAGGCGAAAACCCCUGGCCGCGCCGGCAGCGGUUGCGGGGGGAGCCCGGUGUUUGGCGGCACCAACAACGGCCGCUACGAGUUCAUGUCGCUCACCAAGCCGCUGAGCCGGUCCUCGACGCCGCCUCAUCUCCUCCAGCGGCAGAGCUCCGACACGGCCACCGCGCGACUCCGCGCCUCGGAGAGCCCCACUCGUCGCCGCGGCUCCAGCUCGUCCACCGGUUCGGGGCCACCGGAGGAAGACGGCAUUCGGCUCAACCCGUCGCUCUUCCGCGUGGCCCUCAGCUCGCUGCUCGCCAUCGACCUGUGGCUGUCCAAGAGUAUUGGGGUGUGCGCCCGGGAGGACUCGUCGUGGGGGAGUGCGCGGCCCCUCAUGAAGCUCAUCGAGGUGACGGGCCACGGCAUCCCCUGGCUGGCUGGAACCGCCUACUGCCUCUACAAGAGUGACACUGCUGCCGGCCAGGAGGUCAUGCUCAACCUCCUCAUGGGUCUUCUGCUGGAUCUCGUCCUCGUUGCCGUGGUGAAGGCGACAGUGCGUCGGCGACGUCCGGCCCACAACCGCAUGGACAUGUUCGCCACCUUCUCGGUGGACCGCUACUCCUUCCCGUCGGGUCACGCCACCCGUGCCGCCAUGUGCGCCCGCUUCUUGCUGGCUCACUUGGUGCUGGCCGCUCCGUUGCGGGUCCUGGUGUUGCUGUGGGCGGCCACGGUGGGGCUGAGCCGCGUCAUGUUGGGCCGCCACAAUGUCACAGACGUGGCUUUUGGCUUCUGGAUGGGCUACUGCCAGUAUAACCUGCUGGAGGCACUCUGGCUCUCUCCUCAGAGCCUGCAGGCGCUGCUGGGACACACUGCGUAACAAUCAGACUCACUAUUGUUGUUAUUGUGGAAAUGCUGAAGAGCAGUGACACACUUUUUCGACACUCGUUCCACAUUUCUCAAAUGAUUCAAAGCAUUCCAAUUUCAAAAUAUUCACAAAAUUCAGGAGAUCCUGAAUAGCUUUUUUCCAGAGUCACAUUCCAAAUUUGCACCGUUUUAUUAAUCGCAAAUUAUUAUAUUUAUUAGAUAUCAGUCUCGCCUCUUCAGCAUUCACACACAGUUUCUACAGGAAUCGCAUUCUCUUGUUUUUAUUGUAGCUGCUCUACUGUGGAUCCUGUGAAAUAUUUAUUGUCCCACACGAGGGUGUUGUUGGUGCAUUCCGUUACUUUAAGUCUGGUCCAUUU